AUGGCUCCGCCCGGUGCCUUCCGGCACCUGGCGCUGGCCCUGGGGGCCGCCGUGGCCGCCUUGGGCUCCCUCCUCUUCAUCGCCUGGAAGAUCUACUUCCGCGGCACCGGCACCGGCACCGGCUGGGCCGGCUGGUGGGAGCGGGAGCUGCAGGAGCUGCGGGAGCAGCAGAGCCGAAACCCGCCCGACGGCACGCUGGACUGGAGGCAGGUGCUGGUCCUGGGGCUGGACGGAGCAGGGAAGAGCAGCGUCCUGCACUACAUCUGCAGCGAGACGGCCAAGGAGCGCAUCGCGCCCACGCAGGGCUUCAACUCUGCCCGGCUGUACGCCGAGGGGCUGGAGAUGGACCUGCUGGAGGUGGGUGGCUGCGAGAACCUGCGGUCUUACUGGCCGCACUACCUGAGCCAGGCGCACGUGCUGGUGUUCGUGGUGGACUCGGUGGACAGGUCGCGCCUCCUCACGGCGCGCCAGGAGCUGCACGCGCUGCUGGCUGAGGAGCCCCGGCUGCCCCUGGUCGUGCUGGCCAACAAGCAGGACAAGAGCGAUGCCCUGAGUGCGGCGGAGCUGCACGACGAGCUGGCCCUGCACAGCCUCAGCGGCCAGCGGGAGUUCUUCCUUCUGCCCACCAGCGCGACCUGGGCCAGCCUCAGCACCGCCACCAGCGUCCUCCGCGUCAAGAGCCUGCUGAUCACCCUGCUCUCCCAGCCCUGAGUCCUCGAGGUGCCCACUCAGACUCCGACGCUGGAAGAGCUCCCCUUUCUGGGACUGCAGUGCUAGGACAGAGACGGCAGGACUGGAGCAGCUGGGGGGCUUCUUCACGUUAUCAGCUGGCUGCUGGCCCUGCGAUGUGUUUGCUGUGCCCUGAGAGGUUUGGGAUAGAGUUGAGAUGCCAGCUGCCCUCAGGGAACAUGAGCAGCGGGCUCUGGUCUCUGCCACGGGGAGAGGGCAGUCGCCUUGCCCAACUGAGGGCAAAGGGACAGAGGCACCAGCCCAGCUUUUACCUCCAGAUUAGCAGGCACGGUGCAGCACAGGGCAUGGCCUUGUGCCUUCACAGCAGCCAGGCAAGAUGUUAAAUGAACGGGGCUAAACAAGCGAACCAGGCUCCUCAACUGUCAGCACAGACCGGCUUCCCCAGGGUGACGGAGAGGGCACAGAGCAGAACAGCAGAGCCCACAGGGAGGCUUUUAUGAAGGGUGUCACAGAUGGGUGAUACACUUCACUCGGAAGAGAGAAGCAGCGAUAUGUUUUAUUGAGAUAAGGUAGUGAUUUAACAAAGUUCGAUGGCAAGGUCCACUCGGUUAUUUACUUCAUGGAGGGAAGAGUCAGACAAAAUUGUCAAGGAGACCCUCCUGUUGAGUCAUGAGCUUCUGAGUGGACUCCCUUGCUUUCCAAACUCCUCCUCGCAGGAGUGCAGGUGCGGCCGGAUCCAGUCUUAGUACCAGACUUGGUCAACAGUUUAUGUCUAAAGGAUGACGUGCACAAUCAAUCAGAGAUGAAGCUUAACAAUGUUUGCAAAGUUUCAGUGUACUUAGUCACUUACCAAGGAUCCGCCGUGAGUACGGAAUCUGUCGACCUCGAGGAGUAACCUUGAGAGGCGUCUCUGCUCAAGAGGAGCUUCUGCGGUGCAGGAGAGCUCAAGGGGCUCUGGGCUGCCUCCCAUUUAUGGGGUAGGAUGAUUGACUCGUAGUCAUAUUUGCAUACCAGCCUAUGGUGGGUGCAUGCUUAAUUACCCCCUGGCUAUGUGCUGAGAUCAGUUUGGGGGGAGGGGAACCAGCACAGAAGGGAGCAAUUCCCUCACCCCACUGGGACAGUACCAGUUGCCUGGGCAGUACUGCUUGUGAUACUCAGUCUCUUGUGCCAGCUUGGUCCCUGGAGCCACGUGCCACGAGCCACGUGAGAGCAGGCUGAGGCAGACCCUUACUCGCAAGAGGGAUGGGGAGAGAUGAUAGCCUGUGACAUAUGGUGCAUGGCUGGGGGGAGCAGCUGGUCCAUUUUACCCAGGCUCUAGGGAAGAGCGCUACCCCUCAGCUCCCGGAGCUGUUCAGAGCAGCAGUCCCAACAGAGGAACUCUCUUGGCAGCUUUCCCAAACCGAUAAAGGUUAUGUGGACCUGAGAAACAUGCUGAGUAACUGCUUACACAGCUCUGUGUCACAGCCCUGCGUCACAGCGCUGCCAGCAUCAGGCACACCAGUGGGAAUAACCAACUCGGUCUGCCGCUCACCCGGAGCAGGAGGCCCAGCUCUCAGCACUUCUCCAGGCUUUGUACUUAAAGCUCUGCUAAUGAGGCAAAAGCAGGAAUUGGAAUCUGGCAGCCCUGCACUACCUCUCACCCGGAGCAGGGACAAGGUGUUGUUUGGUAGGAAUCUCACCCAGCAGGAAUUUACCCGCCCUCUGGUCUCCCUCCUUCUCUGUUGCCCCACAGAAGGGGAAGGAGCCAGGCUCAGGGACUGCACGAGAUCUGCCUGCACGUGGAAAAGCUGUUGGUUAGGCCACAGUACACUGGGUCCUGGAAAAUGGAUGGGGGAAGCUGGAUAACACAUCAAGAAGGGGCAUGUGCUGGCUGUUCUCUGCUGUCAAAUCUUUCGUACAGUGACCCCUUCUUUCAAUAAAAGAUUGAUCACA